AUGAACCAGCCUAGAUUACUCCGAGCUGCAGCGAGGGGCCUGAUCCGUUCUCCGUCCCUGGCUGUGUCGCCGGUGAGAAUCCUCUCUCCACGAUCAGCUUUGGCACUUCACAAUGCCGUCGCCAUCAAAGCAAUUGGCCGUGGUCCGCGGCCUCGGUUCAUGAGCGCAUCGGCGGCAGCUUCCUCUGGCAACGAGGUCGAGAAGGAAGACAAUGAAUCAGACUUGUACUCCGAAGCGCAUCAUGAACACGCCGUGAUCUCGACUUUUGAUCUCUUCUCUAUCGGCAUCGGCCCUUCGUCCUCCCACACUGUGGGACCCAUGCGUGCCGGUAACAUCUUCAUUUCAGAUCUUCUGAAAGCCGACAUUUUACCACGAGUUAGCAAGAUAAAGGUGUCAAUUUACGGCAGCCUGGCUCUUACCGGGGAAGGCCACAUGACGCCAUCGGCCUUGCUACUGGGACUCGAGAGCGCCGACGUCGAGACGGUCGACACAGCCUAUGUGCCCGCGCGUUUCGAGCGCAUCAAGGCCGAGAAGAAGCUCCAUCUGGGUCACGGGCUGCCAGGCACCAAUCAAGGCAAGGAGAUCGAUUUCGAUUACAAUGUCGACUUUAAGUGGGAAUGGGCGAAGAAGCUACCGAUGCACAGUAAUGGCAUGCGACUCAUGGUGUUUGAUGAAGCCGGUGACAUGCUUGCCUAUAACGACCUGUUCAGCGUCGGCGGCGGCUUCGUGGUGAACGGCGCCUUGUCGACGGCAACCACCGCGGCCAAGCAAGCGGAUCAAGGCAAGCUCCAGCCCAGCACCGGAGGCCUUCAGACGGAGGCCCAGGGAGGACAUCCAGCCGACUUGGCUGAGAAUUUGUUCUAUAAGGAGAUCCAUCGCGAGGAAGCAGUUGGUGAUCGCAGGAGCGGCCCGGAGGUCAACGAUGCAGGCGCCAUUCCUCAAGGCUCAACUGGGCUGGCUGAGAUCAAGCAGAAAAACGAAGCGGUUGCUACAUCUGGAGACGAGAACGGCGAAGGUGCAUCCACAGCGGCGAAGCCGAGUUACCCAUUCCAUAACGGUCGCAGUUUACUAACCCUAUGCAAAAACAACAACCUGACGAUUGCGCAGCUGGUGUACGAGAACGAGAAAAGCCUUGGGUAUACGGAUGAGGAGAUCAUGAAGAAGUUGCUCCGCAUCUGGGAUGUCAUGGACAAUAGUAUUCUCGAGGCUGUAAUGGCGCCCCCAGGUUCUACUCUGCCCGGGUCGCUUAAGUUGCACCGACGGGCACCGGCGCUGUAUCGUCGCCUAGCCCGUGGCCUCUAUGCGUCUCAUACCCAGCCUGUCAAAGAUGUGGAGACGAGGCGGAUGGAGGGACAGCAGGGGCAAAUUUCCUCUUCAACCGAGGGCAGCUCGGAGGCAACCUUGACUUCUAUCUCGGGCACGACAUCACUUGGUCAGCGCCCCAAAGGCAAACGAGGUCUGCCGCAUGUUCACGGCUCAUUCUACCACCCGAUCAUGCCAUCCCCUCAGCGUCGCGUCGCUCUCCCUGCCAUGGAUUACCUUAACGUCUACGCGAUGGCCGUCAACGAGACCAACGCGGCAGGUGGCCGCAUCGUCACAGCCCCAACCAAUGGCGCAGCGGGUAUUAUACCCGCGGUGCUCAAGUAUAUCGUCGAGUUUAUUAGUGAUGAUCCGGACCAUGACGUCCCCGUCUUUCUGCUUACUGCCGCGGCUAUCGGCAUGCUGUACAAACGUGGUGCCACCAUCUCCGCCGCUGAGGGUGGCUGCAUGGCAGAGGUCGGCGUGGCUUGCUCCAUGGCCGCAGGAGCCUUUGCUGCUUGCAUGGGAGCGACUCCUGAGGUCAUAGAACAAGCGGCGGAGAUCGGAAUUGAGCAUAACCUUGGGCUCACCUGUGACCCAAUUGGCGGGCUCGUACAGGCACCGUGUAUCGAGCGUAACGCCCUGGGUGCCAUCAAAGCGGUAUCGAGCGCAAACCUGGCUUUGAGUGGAGAUGCAGGCACGCAGAAAGUGAGCCUGGACAACGCUAUCCGUGCGAUGCGGCUGACGGCUCGAGAAAAGACCCCACCGGGCCUGUGGGCCUUGUCGGUCGCAUCCGACGAUCCUCCUCCAUGGGACCCUCGAUCCGAUUAUUCAUUUGUCAUGCUGCGCAAUCUCGAGUUGGACUGUCGCUUUGUCAAGGAUGGUACGCUUCGCAAGAAAGCACGGAACGGGUUUGAUAAAUGCAUGCGAUUUUUGGGUCGCAUGGGGUCACUAUGGCCCUCCGUUUCCUCAAUGGCCCAGAAUCUCCGGAAACUGCAGGACAGCAUUACAACCGUCCCAGCUACCAGUUCUCAAAGUAGUCGGGGGGACGGACCCCACGAGUCUCAACUCUCCUGGUCGAUCAAUGCGCAACUCCUCUGGGAUGUACUGAUCUACGACAAGGCCGGAAGACCUAAUGCGUCCGCCGACAAAUCCAUGUUCGACGAUGUGGUUGACCUGGAAUCUGUACGUCAUGAGGACGUUGCCGAGUUUGCUAUGGUCGGGUCGGCCGGCAUAUCGGGCCAUAAAUCAGCCUGGAAGGAUUAUCGGCAUAUGCACCGGAUGACAGCGGACCUCAUCCUCAUCCUCAUCCUCGGCAAUCUCCUUCGGGCAGCACAUCAUUCCCACCGGUUGAUCCCGUGGCUGGUGGAUCUACUGUUCCUGAUGAACGGCUAUUCGAAGGAUUUAGAGAUCUGGAUAUGA